UGUCUGCAUUCAGCACUGGCAUCACAUUAGUUUAAAAACAAGUCAAGGAGACACUAAGCAAGAUGCCUCUAAGGAAGGUUUGCUCCUUUAGACUAAAUAUGCUGAAAAAUGUAUUCAUAAUCGCCUUGAUGACUUUUUCCCUUUUUUUAUGGAGCAGCUCAAAGAAUGUGUGCUACAACACAGAUCAGCCGACAGAGGCAGGUGCUUUACUUACCAGUGACCUGGGAGAAUUAUUGACCUGUUCAGCCAUAAUCCGAGGGGACGUGGAAGAACUUAAUGAGGAGGACCUCAGCAGACUUCUGAAGAAGAGAAAACGUAAACCGUUGCCAGAGUCUUUCUAUCUCAAUUCAACAAAGGAUUGCAGCGCUUACAUCAGAGACAGGGGGUUUCUAAUCGUAGCUCCCAGUGAAGAAGAGAGGGACUUUCCUAUUGCCUAUUCCAUGGUGAUCCAUGAGAAGAUCGAGAUGUUUGAGAGGCUCCUCAGAGCUGUGUACACACCACAAAAUGUGUACUGUGUCCAUGUGGACAAGAAGUCUCCAGAAAACUUCAUGAAGGCUGCGGAAGCCAUUGUUUCUUGUUUUCCAAAUGUGUUUGUGGCAAGCAAACUGGAGAGGGUUGUUUAUGCCUCUUGGUCUCGAGUCCAAGCUGACCUGAACUGCAUGAAUGAUCUGUUGAACUCGACUGUUGAGUGGAAGUACCUUAUCAAUACCUGUGGAACUGACUUCCCCAUCAAAACCAACAAAGAGAUGGUGCGAGCACUAAAAGUGCUAAAUGGAAAGAACUCCAUAGAGUCUGAGGCAACUCCUGAGCACAAGAAAGCUCGCUGGGAAUACCACUACAAUGUCACUGAGUCUGGUGUCAUUCGGACUGGCACUAAGAAGAGCCCCCCUCCCAUCAGUACCCCAAUGUUCUCUGGAAAGGCUUACUUUGUGCUGUCAAAAGAGUUUGUAGAGGACUUGUUUAAAAGCCCAGAGGCUAAAGCUUUGAUGGAGUGGGAGAAGGACACAUACAGUCCAGAUGAGCACCUUUGGGCAUCUCUUCAGCGCAUGCCAGGUAUGCCAGGGUCCAGCCCUCCCAACAACAAAUACGACACGUCGGACAUGAACUCCAUAGCCCGUCUGGUGAAGUGGAUUGAAAAUGAAGGAAAUGUAAGGAGGGGGGCAUCUUAUCCCCCAUGCAAUGGAAUAUACAGAAGGGAUGUGUGUGUGUAUGGUGCCGGUGAUCUCAACUGGAUUCUCAGGCAGCAGCAUCUUGUCGCCAACAAAUUUGACCCAGAAAUCGAUGAAAUUGCUCUUAAGUGCCUGGAACAUUACUUGCGCUAUAAAACUUUAACUGGUCAAUCACUUCAGUUUGCUGAAAAAUCUCACAUAAUGAAAAGAUAAUUCAUCAUUCUACCAGAAUUAUUUAUGUGUAUUGAUUAGGGCUAUACGUAUUUGCUUGAAAGCAUAUAAGCAUAUAAAGUACUUCAUAGCCUACAUGUGAUAUUUGUAUAUUUCAUGAACACUUCAAUUUGAGGGCACCUUUUCUUGAUGCUAAACAAGUUCAUAUUUCGUAGAUUCACGUGUUUUCCAAUGAUAAUAAAGCAACUAUGGUUAUCAUAAAGAGCAGACAAUCUAAUAACCUUUGCAAUGUAAAACAUUUAAAAUGAAACAAAACGGAUUUGAAGCAGAUCCUUGAACAUUGGAAUGUUUGUAUAUUGUAGCGAUCUCAGAGGCAGGAGUCUCUUUGACUUUCUUGAAGUUUAUUAAAACACGUGAUUCUGUUGCAAUUAGAUGAAUCGUGCAGCACUAUUUAAUUGUUUGUCGUAUUUGUUGAUGCCGUGCCCUUAAGGAUUUUAGUGAAACAAUACGCACAAGCAUCCAGACACUGAUACAGAAUGGCAAAUGGUAUGAGCCUGUAUAGGCUACAAUUUAUGCGAUCUAUGCCUGGGAAAUCACACUAGGGCAUUUAUACAACACACGGACUCCUAAUCGCAAACUGAAAGGGUACGUUAGAGAAUGCAGACAAACAGCCUUCUCAAGAAACAAAAAAAAAUAUAUAUAUAUUUCAUAAGAGGCUUAGGCAGCAACACGAUCGAAAAGGCU